GUGGGCUGUUUAGUUACCAGAUUUCAGACUGCUGGACUGUAAUAUUUUAGCACACAAUGGCUCUGUUUAAUUUAAUUGGCUCAAUGUUUCAGGUACCAGAGACCCCAGCUCAAAAUGGCUCCAUCUACUGUUCUCCAAGACAAAGCUUCAAGCAACUUACUCCAAAAAACAAACUGAGAAAAACUGAUAUUGGCUCACCCACCAAUUUCACGCACGUAACACAUGUUGGAUGGAAUUCAGUACCACCUAUGGAUAUGGGGUCUGAUUACGACCUGAAAAAGUUAUUUCACCUGGCAGGCAUCACUAAUGAUCACUUGAGAGACAGACAGAUGUCCCGUAAAAUCUUUGAAGUGAUUGAGAAGAAAGGUGGAAUGGAAGCCGUGAGGAAGGAGACUCUUCGGCUGACAACUGUGGAAAGACCCAGACAUUUUAGCAGACUUCGCUCCUUGUCUUCUUCAAGUUUGACUCCAUCUAAGAGAGCUGGUAGUACUAUUGUUCACUCGCCCCAGGCAGUGAAGAUUCAGGCUACCACGCCACCUUCUGCUUUUAAUUAUCUACCAUCUCUCAGCAGGGUGCCACCUCCAAUACCCACCCCACCAUCUCUCAAGGAUUUCCAAGCAACGAGACCACUCUUUUCACAAAGUCAAUCUUCAAAAGAUUUGUCUCUAGCUUCGGAAUUGGUUCCAGCCUGUAAAUCCACAACUCGUAACCCACCUUUACCACCAAAGCCUAAAAUUGGCCAAUGCUUUUCAAAUAUAAAGGCUCCCCCUCCUUAUUUACCUUUUACUCUUGGUAAAAACUCUAAAACAGACGCUCCAUUGCCUUCUCCCCUUAAUGAAGAAUCUUCCCUGGAGAAGCCAAAACCUGAAAAUCAGGGGACAACUACAGAUGAUGUGCUUGCUCCACCUCCUCCCCCUCCCCUACCUCAAUUUAUGAAAAGCACCUCUGAAAACAAGCCAACUGCAAAGAGUGUGGAUCCAUCCACCAUCAAUUCAUUUACAGCAUUGUCCCAGAAAGCAUGCAUACAAAGAGGUGGGGUCCCGCUCCCUGAUAAAACAACUUUUAGUGAAAACUGUCCAAAUGUAUUUCUGGACCAGAUAAAGCAGGGCGUGCAGCUAAAGACUGUUGUUCAAGCUUCAAAAACUGAUUCUGUUCAUUCAUCCAACAUUGUCAAUGCAUUAAUGGAUGUCAUCCAAAAAAGACACAAAGCAAUACAGUCAUCAGAUGAAGAUGGAGAAGUAGAUGAUGAAUGGGAAGACUAAUGCCACUUUAGAGGAUUUUGUCUGGGGGAGGGGGAUUAGGAAGUGAUC